UAUGAAACUGAAGAAGCAGCUGUCAAAGCUAAAAAUGCAUUGAAUAAUACAAGAUGGCCACCUUCAAAUCCUAAGAUUUUAACUGUUCAGUACAUUAGUGAAGAAGAGAUUGAAUUUCACAAAAGAGGUGGUGAACCUCCGAAACCCACCGCACCUCCUGUUGAAGCUGUUGAAUGUUAUGAUGUAAAAGCAGUCUCUCCUGUUGAAGAAAUUAAAAGAAAGGAUAGAGAAAUAAGGAGGGAAAGGGAAAAAUCAAAACCCUUGCGUGAAUGGGACAAGGAUAAAAUUGUGCAAGAUUCUCCUGAAAGAGAACACUAUAUGAACAAAGAAAAUGAAAAGAUUAAACCUGUAGAAAAGAAAGAAAAAAAAGAAUCCAAAAGACGACCAAAUGACGAUACACCAGCAAAACUGUUAGACGACCUAUUUCAAAAAACCAAAUCUUCACCAUGCAUUUAUUGGCUACCUUUAACAGCGGAGCAGAUCAAAGAAAAGGCUGAAGAAAGACGAAUAAGGCGAUUGGAGCAAGAGAUGCGCAUCUUGAAGGAACAAGAAGUAGGUGACCGCAAGAAAAUUGUACGCCCAGGUCAUAGAAGUAGAGAAAGGGAAUUACCAAGGAGCUCCAGUAGAAGUCGUAGUCCAGUUUCCAGAAGAAGAUAAAUUUUGUGUUAAUAAUUAAAUAAUUAAGUCCCUGGCCUCCUAUGCUGCAUUUAAGAAAUAAUCAAGUAUUAUUUGAGCAGGUAUAAAGUAGUACAGAAAUAACUCAUACAAUGUGACAUUUAUAAGCCCUUCUGUUCUUUCUAUCGUUGUGAAAGAGGAAAAGAAAUUACUCAUUUUUAAAAUUUCCUGCAGAAAACAAAUUAAGUAUGAACAUAUUUAAAUGAAAAUAAACCCAGUAAAUUGUAAGUUUUGAUCGAGCAGUUAACAUUUCAAAACAUAAAUCAACUAAUUCUUAACAUUUUGGAUACUGAAUGAAAAUUUAUUCAUUUUAUCAGAAGGCAUAAUUAUUUUACAUUUGAAUCAAAAUGAUUUCAAAUUAUGCCUUUAUUUUUUUGCAAUUCAAAGUAUUGAUUUUUAUUAAACUUUUUGGCAGAGUAUUUCUUUUCGGAAUGAAAGUUUUGACUGUUUGUACUGUAUGCAUUGUUGUAUUAAAUUUAAUUAUGCUUUUUAUUUUUCCCAAAUUUACCACACGGUAAGUAUUUUUGUAUUAUUAAGGUUAAAAAAGAGUGUGCUUGUAUGUGCAUGUGUGUGUUAAAAAACUUUUUCCUCCAUUUUUCAUUUAAAAAAUACUAGUAACAUGAAGCUGCAAUAUAGGAAGGCCAGUGGAAAAAAAUUCUUUAAAUCAGUCGGUCAUCUAGCCUAAUCCUUUUGCAGAUGAAGCCAGUCAAUUGAAAAGAUUGCCUUUAAGGGUUAUUCUCACCAUCUUUACACCCACAAGAAAUACUACCCAGGGCAGAAGUAUAAACCAUGAAUAUAGAAAUACUUUCAUGUUUAAAGAAAGCGAGAAGUGGGAAGGAAGUUUUUAAUAAAGUGGAAAGUGAAAUACUUAUUCUCCAUCAUGUCCUGUGAUAGAGAUUUGCUUCAUUAUCAAUAUGUUCAUUCGCUAAAUGCAUUCUGAUUUUUGUUUCUUGCAUGAAAUGAAGCAUCAUCAAUUGAAGAUUAUGUAUAUAACGUUAAAACUCAUCUCUUAAAAACAUCUUCAAACAUCCUCUUAUUUUGUUGAGUUAGAUUUGUAAUGAGUACUAUUGACAGCUUUAUUCCAAGUACUAUCUUUGAUUGCUUGAUCAAAAGUAAUGUGACAUAUAAAUGAAAUAAAACUUCAUGUUUUCUGAA